CGCUGUUCCGUUUCCAAGAGCAACAAACGGCGCAGCUAACGGCUAACGGCUAACGGCUAACAUCUCUUUACGGGCUCCUCCAGAAAAAAACAGUCCGGGUCUCGGGCUGCCGGUUCGGUGCCUUAUUGGGCUCUAUGGUGUCACAUUAUUUCGGACCCUGACGUCUUAUUUCACUUUCAUUCGCAGAUAAACAGCCGCUUUUUAUCGCUCCGCAAUGGCUGAUUUUGGGUUCAACGAGCACCACCAGAACGAGGUCAUCAACUACAUGCGCUUUGCCCGUUCCAAGAGGCUCCUGAGACUCAAGACUAUCGACUCCUGCUUUCAGGACCUCAAAGACAGCAGGCUCGUGGAGGAGACGUUCACGGUGGAUGAGGUGGCUGACAUGCUGGAUGGUCUGCAGGUGGUGGUGCGCGGGGAAGUGGAGAUGGAGCUGAUUAACACGGCCCACACCAACGUGCUGCUUCUGCGCCAGCUCUUCUCCCAGGCCGAGAAGUUCUACCUGAGGUUGCAGACCGAUAUCUCAGAGCUGGAGAACAGAGAAUUAUUGGAACAAGUGGCCGAGUUUGAAAAGACUGAUUUCAAGUCCAACAGUAAGGUAAAUCAGGACUCCAGUAAACCUAAGUUAGCCCCACUUAAUGAGGGAGGAGUGUCUGAACUACUCAACAAGGAGAUUUCCAGACUACAGGAGGAGAACGAUAAGCUGAGAGCUAGACUCCGCACUUUAGAAAGCCAGGCCAUGAGUGCUCUGGACGAGAAGUCCAAGGCUGAGAGGGCCCUGAAAGACCUUCAGAAGAUCCAGGGAGAUCAGCAGUGCGUGCUGCGCGCUCAGGAGAUCUCCAAUCUGGAGGACACGGUCGCAGCCAUGCAGGCCGACUUUGAGAAAUCUCUGAGCGCAAACGCUGCUUCCCAGAAGGAGCUGCAGGAGAGCCUGGUGUCGGCUAAACACGACCUGCUGCGGGUCCAGGAGCAGCUCUCCCUCGCUGAGAAGGAGCUGGAGAAGAAGUUCCAGCAGACGGCUGCGUAUCGGAACAUGAAGGAAAUCCUAAGUAAGAAGAACGAUCAGAUUAAGGAUCUCAGGAAAAGACUACAGAGGUAUGAGUCUGACGAGUGAAGUCUUGCCCCGUUAAACACACCUGCUCUGAGCGACGGGGGGACGUUUAUGGACGGACGGAACUAAAGUCACUUUUAACUUUGAUGAUAUACACUACAAAAAGGCAAGGGACCAAAGAACGAAAGAACAGAGGGACUAAAGGGGACUUUAAUGCGGUCGCUGCCAGCUCCUCUUCAGAAAAUCUGCCCUUCUGAGUAUGGCUUUAUAGCAGAAGUAAUAUUUUUUGCAGGUAGGGAUCUUAUUUAGUUGCAUCUGUAGUUCUCUCAGCUUGAGACUCUUAAAUGUGUGCAGCUUAUCAUGUAAACAACACUACGAGAUGUUUUGCACUGAAAAUUCAUGCUUAGUUAGCUGAGGAGGAAAUUUUCAUGCCUAAAGCUUCGUUCCCGUCUCUUCCAUGGGGAGUUCUUUGACCCUGAGGCGUAAAUUGUUGCCUCUCUUUGGGACCCUUUGUUGUUUUCUUCUUAUUUUCUUUCUUAUUUUAAAAAUAUUAAUGAAUUAGCAGCAGUAGUUAAGAGUUAUUUCUCCAUACAGUAGCAGAGUAGAAUCACAUCAGUCAAGAACUUUUUUCUUUUCGCUUUUAUUGUUUUAUUGUUUAUUUCGUUAUUUUAUUGUUUCUUUUUUCUAUUUAUUUUGACAACGUUCUUAACUGUAGUUCAGUUCUGAGCAACAACAGAUGCGUCUUUCUUAUGAGCUCAGUUUAAUUUUUUAAUGAUGCAACACUAUGAAAAAUUUCUCCUCCUCUUCUUCUUCAUAGGUUUUAUUUUAUGCGUCGCAUUAAAAACUUUUCUCACUGUCACAUUUCAGAACCAGAACAGAAUGUACUUUUCUACUCAACGGUAUCCGCAGACCAGUUAGAAUGUCCAGUGUGACGAUGUAAAGGGACACUUUAAUGGGGAAUUUCACAGAUUUUUCAAACUUUCUGCAUCUUUUAGCAGUUAAGAUGUAAACAAAGUUGUUCAGAGUGGUUUAAAGGGGAAAUCUGUCGUUCUAGAGA